GGGGCCGGUGGGGACCAGCCUCCCGCAGGUGCCUCGGUGGUGGCCCGGUGUCAUUUCCUCUUCGCGCUGCGCCGGGCCCCAUCGCGGGGGAGGCGGGAGGUUGCGGCCAUGGAGGGGGCGGCGAGUCCUGAGGGGCAGCAAGUUCAUCUGAAGCAGGACGAGGGAAGAGGAAUGGAUAUGGGUAACCAACACCCAUCCAUAAAACGGUUACAUGAAAUACAGAAAGAAGUCAAAGAGAUUGAACAGCAAGUGGCUGUCUUCAGCGGUCUGUCUACCGACCGAGAUUACAAGAAAUUGGAAAGAAGCCUUACAAAACAGCUGUUUGAAAUAGAUUCUGUAGACACCGAAGGGAAGGGGGAUAUUCAGCAAGCCAGAAAGCGAGCUGCCCAGGAAACUGAGAGGCUGCUGAAGGAACUGGAACAAAAUGCAAACCAUCCGCGCAGACUGGAAAUAGAGGCUUUAUUCAAGGAGGCACAGUCACUUGUGGAACGCGAGAUCACACCUUUUUACAAAGGAGGAAACUGUAUAAGUGAUGAAUUUGAAGAAGGAAUUCAGGACAUUGUGCUGAGGCUUACCCAGGUGAAAACCGGAGGGAAAGUUUCUCUACGCAAAGCAAGAUACCGCACUCUGACAAAGAUAUGUGCUGUUCAGGAGAUUAUAGAGAGUGGUGUAAAGCAACAGCUGUCCCUGCCACUCUCCAAUGAUGCUCAUCCUUCUGUCUCCAAAAUUAACUCUGUAAUGUGUGAUGUGAACAAAGCCAGAGGAACUCUCAUUGCGCUUCUAAUGGGAGUGAGUAGUAAUGAUACCUGCAGGCAUCUGUCCUGUGUGCUCACAGGCCUCAUUGCUGAUUUGGAUGCUUUAGAUGUCUGUGGUCGCACGGAAAUAAGAAACUACAGAAAGGAAGUAGUAGAAGAGAUCAAUAAAUUGCAGAAAUACCUGGACUUGGAUGAAGAAGCAAAUUCUACCCAUGCUUAUGAUUUGGCAAAAAAUCAGUCCAUUCUAAAAAUAGAAGAGAUCCGUAAGAAGAUGAAGGAAGUUCAUUCCUUACUUCUAAAAACAGAGAAUGCUUCUGAUUUGUAUCUGGGGUCCAAAGCAGAGUUGCAGGGACUAAUUGCCCACCUAGAUGAAGUAAGUCCAGGAAAAAAUCCCUGUAUUAGAGAGGCCAGGAGAAGAGCAGUAAUUGAAGUUCAGACUCUUAUAACAUAUAUUGAUUUGAAGGAAGCACUGGAAAAAAGGCAAAUGUAUCCAGAGCAAACUGCUGCUGAACAUCAGUCUCAUAAAGCAGUUUGGACUGUACUUGGACACUUGUCUCAAAUUCAGAAAGAGGUGAUUUCAUUUGAUGGAAACAGAACAGAUAAAAAUUACAUGAGACUGGAAGAACUUCUUACAAAACAACUUCUAGCCCUGGAUGCUGUUGAUCCUCAAGGUGACGAGCGGUGUAAGGCUGCCAGGAAGCAGGCAGUAAAGCUUGCACAGAAUAUUCUUUACUAUCUGGACAUGAAAACAGAUGAAUGGGAAUACUGAAACAGCCAUGGCCUGACACAGAAGAGCAUUUUUCUCUUUGGCACUUUAUGAAGAUCAUUGGCAGCACAUAAUAAAGUCUUCUGUGCUUGCUGAAAUCAUGGAAAUUGCAUAAGCAGUUGACUUGGCUAUAUGUCUGCUAUCCCACGCAGUCACCCACUUGCCAUGACAACUGUCAGUACACCAUCAGCAAUUCUGGUCACUGAUAUAAGCAAAGAAGUGCAAUUCUCUGAAGGAAUAGCUUAAUACUUGAUCAAAUAGCCUCUUCUUUUUUUUCUUCUCUUUUUCUUUCUUGUUCUUAUUUCAGUCGCCUUGUGCAAUGUUCAGUGAAUGCAGGCUUUUCAAAGACACAGAAACUUCCUUAUGGUACAGUACUGGUAAAACUAUUUAAGGAGACUGAACAUGAAAAUUAGCAUUCAGGCAUGAGGCUCCAUCCAGCAACUUCACAGCAGUCUGGAUGUACUGUUAAUGUGCUGUCAUGACAUAAAGUUCUAAGGGCAAAAAGCCUGCUGGCUUUUGGAUUGUACUUGAUUUAUUCCAUCCAUCAUACCAUCUAGGUAUCUCAGUUAAUGGAGCUAUAAUGCCAGCUGCAAAUUAGCAUUUACAUAGCCAAAGCCAAUUAUGUCAAUUUUUGUAAUACCUGAGCCCUUUGAUUUGCAAAACCAGGUCUUUUGUUGGUGUAAAUUCUUUCAAGUUAUUGCUUUAAGGUACUGAGACUUGGAAAGGAAAAUCUGUACAUUUACACCAAACAUAUAAAGGGGAUUUUGAGGAUUUCAAACUGCCAUCCAUAAACCCUUGAAAACUGCACUGAACUUUAUUUAGGCUGAUUAGGUGUCUUUUUAAACUCUCCUGUUGCAUCUGGUUUUCAAAUUUGGCGAAAACAUAAACAGACUUCACUUUGAAGUGAAAUGUGCAUUUUAGAAUUAUUUUUGUAAAAUUAGGUAGCCAGCUAUAAAGAUGUCCCUAAUGAUGUAAGUGUGUGCUACAUGGUCAGGUGUGGCUUCAAGCAUGUCUUGGAAAGACUUGUGGCAAGUGUCUCUCUUUGCAACUCAUUCACUUGUUUUAGAAGCUUCAUAAAUAAGCUUGCUUGUACUGUUGUAUGCACCUACCUUUUUAUUUGUGGCUGCUAUUGCCAAUCACAUUUCUACUAUAGCAUGGUUUUUGGCAUUUUUUGAGAGCAUGGCAUUAAAAUGAUUUGAGUAUAUAUAGAUAUAUAUAAAGAACAUAGAUAUAUAUAAAGAUAUAUUCAAUUGUGGAUAAUUUGCACUCAGCUCUUUCAGGAUGAACUAAUGAAUUAGUGUUCUAUAGAUGAUGAUUUGCACCACUUUAAGGAGUAAAAACCAUUUCAGAUGUUACAAUAAAUAUUUUUAAGAUCUAUUUUUGACUGAUUAGAGAAGACAGUACUGUCUGUGAGAGACAAGUGCCUUUAUGACACUGCUAACUUGCACCGUCAUAUGUAGAUAUAGGAACUCUUUACUGGCAGCUUGAUACAUUUGUAAUCUUUGCAAACUGGAUUUUUCAGGUAUAUAUCUAAUUCUACUGUAGUAUAUGUCAAGCUAACAUAAUACAAUAGGUGACAGUUGCCCUAUAGAGUCCUGAGAAUGAGUAUCAAAUUUGGGAAAUAUGUAUUCUGCUUAAAAACUAAAGCAUUGGUGUGGAGGUGGGGGACUUUGGGCAGGUCUUCUGUGCCUAUUGCUGCAAGAAUAAUGUGUUUGUUCAUAACAUACUAGGAGAUGUUGAUUGAAGGCUGCAUACCUUCAGAGUGUGAAUAGAUUUUGUUUGUGAUUGUGCAGGUGAUUGCUUUGCAAAUCUACUUGCCAGAACCGACGUAAUUGAGUACAGUGCCUAAGGCACAAUUUGGCAAUGACAGAAUGUUUGUUGGAGGAUUCUUCCUGCUCCUUCAGAGGCAUAACCCCAUUAAAUUUAACUCUCCUUCACAAAAAAAAAAAAAAUCCCCUAAUUAAUAUUCCAAUCUCUGUUUGAAUAUUAUGUGGCUAACACAGAAUAUUAAUAGUGUUAUACAUCUGAAUUAUUUUACUCAUUUCAAGCUCUCUACAUGUUUGAAUUGCAACUUGUGAUUUGCACUUACAUUUUUAGGAAAGAUAAGGAUUUGAUAUUGUAAUGAUAUUAAUAAUUUUUCUUUAGUAUUACUGUCGGGUCUGCAGUGGUUACUUGUAGUUUGUUUGAACAAUUUAGUGUCUGUGUUCUCUGGCAGGUACGUGUAGUUUUAUAAGCGUUUGAGCCUCUUAUGUAAAAAUGAGUAAGUAUAGUUAUCAGAUCUGUUCUAUUUUAAAUGUGUCUUCUAGUUUUCCUGAAUGAAUUGUUAUGCCUGCAUCUCUAAGAAUGCAAAUGUGUAAAGGUAAUUUGACUGACUGAGUAGAAUUCAGAUAUAUAGCAAGAUAUUAUGUGGAUUAAGUUUUUUUCCUUUGUUCUGUACCCUGAUAAAUUGACUCUUUCAAUGUUACGGUAAAAUCCUCAUCUGGAAUGGGAUUAAUUCACAGUUUUUGCAUGAAUGAAAGUAAUAAAAUAUAUGUGCUUAACCAAAAAAAAAAAAAAAAAGGCAAAACAAAAAAAAAAAAAAAAAAAAAAAAAAAAAAAAAACAAAAACCAAAAAAAUGCACAGGCUUCUCAAAAUUUGCUUUUAUGCUGAAGAAUGUAAUUUCUCUGUUUUUUGUAUCCAAAGAUUGAGAGACACGCUUUUCUUUCCAAUACAGCAGGCUAAAAUAAUCAACAAAAUGUAAAUGGACCAAAUGGCAAAAGCCUGCAUUUUAGUACUAUACUAAAAUAGAAUAACUUUCCUGUGUGCUGUGUUAUGUACCUUAGAGCAAAAUAAUCAAGUGAAUAUUCUGGGGGAGAGGUAAUCCUGCGUCAUGAUUCCAAUUUGUUAGCCAAAUGUCUUUUUAAACUAGUUUUCUUUUGUUACUUCAGUAUUUAUUUUUUGUUGUUUGCCACUCAGAGUGGUUUUUCUGUGAUUUUUCUGGAUUUCUAUAGCACAGAAAUCCAAAUCUUUGGAGAAGAUUUUUGUUAAGUACAAUUCUUACCUUUUAAACUUAACAGAAGUCAGUGUCUGUGCUCCUAAUGGUGUACCUGUCUUCAGUUAUUGCUGUGUAGGAGUUGACAUUUGUGUUCACAGAUCCAAGAUUAAAUAUUGCAGUGUUAAAUUCUUGAUUAUUAAUACAAAUACAUUACUGCUUUUACUAGGUAUUAAUUUGAAUGUUACGCCCUGAUGCCUUUCUCUAAUUAUUUUUGAAUGUGAGUUAUCAGAAUGUAAAUUAUUUCUGUCUUAGAGCAAGUGUUUUUAUUAAACAUACAGACAUAAAGCUCUUUCCCCCCCCCUAUUUCUUUAAAAGUUUGCUUUUCACUGCUGUAUUGAUUGAAAUAAAGUUCUUUUGUGUGGA